AUGGAAAGUGAAGACAAAUCAGAAACUCUUGGAGAGCAGUCUUUAAGUGUUGCAGUAUAUGAGCAGAACUCGGUUGAAAUUGUGCAUCCUCCAGUGGUUGGUCAAAUUUUUGGCAGUUGGGAAGAAUUAGAUUGUUUUGUGUCUCUCUAUGCAAAGUCCCAGAAUUUUGAUUUAGGGUUACAAUUUGAAUGUGACCUUGAUGAACAAUCUGGUUUGACUGAACAAUGUGAUCUACCUGAACAUGAAGAUGAGGACGAAGAUACAUCAAAUAGUAUUUCUAGUGAUGAUGAUUUUAUAGCAGUUGAAAAUCCAAUAGUUCAUUCCAAAAGGGGUGCUCUGAGAAAGAAAAGAUUUAAAGGAUCUCACGAAUUG